CGAUCACGGUCCGGCUCGUGUUCGGGCUCGGCUGGAACGGAAGACGCGUGGAGCUGCGCGAGAACCCGCGGGCUGUGCAGUGCACCUAUUAUAUGUGUUUUAGAAAUAGAUCUUGAACUUUGGUUUGAAUGAAGAAUGUCUAUCAGUCUACCUGUGUUUCUCAAAGAAAGUGAAGAAAAUAAUUCAAAACUUGUGGAAACAAAACUGUCCCAAACUACUUUUGUAUCUUCAGAAGAUCUUCUUCGAAACUUAUGCUUAGCAUCUCAAGAAGUUCUUCGAAAAGCUCAGCAAAGUGGGAGAUCAAAGUGUCUCAAAUGUGGUGGUUCAAGAAUGUUUUACUGCUAUACAUGUUAUGUCCCGGUUGAAAAUGUACCUAUUGAACAGAUUCCACAUGUGAAGCUUCCAUUGAAGAUUGACAUCAUUAAACAUCCAAAUGAAACAGAUGGCAAAAGUACUGCUGUACAUGCAAAACUCUUAGCACCUGAAUUUGUAAACAUUUACACGUAUCCUUGUAUUCCAGAGUAUGAAGGAAAGGACCAUGAAGUUGCACUUGUUUUUCCUGGACCUCAGUCUGUCUCAAUAAAAGAUAUUUCUUUUCUUCUGCAAAAAAGGAUUCAAAAUAAUGUUAGAGACAAAAGUGAUGACCCUGACAAACCAUCUUUUAAACGUAAGAAAACUGAAGAGCAACAGAGCUGUGAUUUGAGUGACAAUAAGUGUGAAGACACAAUACUGAAAAAAAUUAUACUUAUAGAUAGCACUUGGAACCAAACAAACAAAAUACUCACUGAUGAACGACUUCAAGGAUUGUUACAAGUUGAGUUGAAAACAAGAAAAACUUGCUUUUGGCGCCAUCAAAAAGGGAAGCCAGAUACUUUCCUUUCCACAAUUGAAGCCAUUUACUACUUCCUUGUAGACUACCAUACUGAUAUGUUAAAAGAGAAAUACAGAGGACAAUAUGACAAUCUUUUAUUUUUCUAUUCUUUUAUGUACCAGUUGAUAAAGAAUGCCAAAUGCUCUGGAGAUAAGGACACAAGAAAACUUAUCCAUUAGUUUUUAACAAGCCACCUAUGUCAUUUUAUUUUGCUAAAAUGAAUAAAUUUAUAGUUGUGCCUUGUUUAUUCUUAGGAAAUAAUCAUGUAUAAUGC